UAUAUUUUUUCCUUAAUGGAAUUUGUACCUUGUUGGUCUUUUCAGGCAUUGGUAGAUUCAACCUCUUCUGAGAACAGUCUACAGGAUGAAACUGGUGUAAGAAUGGUGGCUUUGUUUGAUCAUGAGGAGGUUGGGUCCAAUUCAGCCCAAGGAGCUGGAUCCCCUGUCAUGCUAGAUGCUCUCUCUCGAAUUACAAGUUCCUUUGACUCUGACUCGAAGUUGGUCACAAAAGCAAUCCAAAAGAGUUUGCUAGUCUCUGCUGACAUGGCACAUGCCUUACAUCCCAAUUAUAUGGAUAAGCAUGAAGAUAACCAUCAGCCAAAAAUUCAUGGCGGGCUUGUGAUUAAACACAAUGCAAAUCAACGAUAUGCAACCAAUGCUGUGACUUCGUUCAUUUUCAGGGAAAUAGCUGCCAAACACAACAUUCCUGUUCAGGUGAGUUGA